CAAAACAACGUUGUCCAUACCAUACACUUUGUCCUGGACUUCUCCAAAUCUUCUGCAUUUUUUUAGAUUCAAAGAAGAACAACAAGAAGAUGAAAAUGGAUAACAGAAUGCGCCUAAAAGUUCAAAACAAGAAACCAAUUAAACGCAGCGGGAAGAAACCAUUGAUGAAAAAGUUUUUGGAUUAUCUAAAAUCUGAUACUUUUUUAUAUGCUCCUCUUCUCUCUCCUCAACCCUCUGUUUUUCCAUCAUCUAAUUCUUUCAAAGUGGUGGAGCUGAGAAAACCUAUAGUAAAAGAGAGACACUGGUUUCAAGAUUAUCUCAAAUCUCAAGGAUAUAUGUAUGAUCCUGUUCUUGAGCUUCCAAUUUCACCUCAAGAACCUUUGCAGGACCGCGAAAUGAUAAGGAAAGAUGUUUCAACUAGAAGGUCAACAUUGAAUGUCAAUAACCAACAAACUGAUAAUUCUGGAAAUGUAAACCAAAGGUCUGAAAGCCAUAUUCCUCAAACACAUCUCUCUGAUCACCUUACUCGGGGACAAAAAGAAACUAUGAAGCACACCGUGUACCAAACUUGUCGCACAACUUUAGCUUCAAGAAAUGUGACCCUCAACUCACAGCCGAGAGCUCAUACUUGAUGGAAUCGUUUGGGUAUAAAAAUGUAACAUAUAGAAGACAAUAACCUAUACGGAGUAUUGUUUUAGGUGUUUGUUGUUCAUAUAUAUCAUGAAUGUAUUUAAAAUUAAAUGUCACUAGUUAUUGUCCGUGUUCAUAUCGUGAAUUAUGAAUUUAGAAUUUCACUGGUUAUCAUCAUUGUCUCUUGAUAGAAUAUACUAAUGACAAUUUUGUAUGAACUUAUUUUGAUGUGCUUUACAUGUAAUGUAGUAUAAGUUGUUUCAAUGCAGUUUGAACC